AUGACUCCCAUUGCCGAGAGUCACGUUCCCGUACAGGAGUACAUAGCGUUUCCGGCUAAUGCCGACCUGCUUACUGCACCAGCCAAGUCAAAGAAUCUGCUCUACGGAAUACUUAAUUUACCCGCACGCAUCCUAGCUCCAGAUGAACAGAUUACUUUCCCUCCUAUAAUGAGGGCACAAGCUAUCGACAUUGAACGCGUCUUUUAUGGUCUGGAAAUUGCAUAG